GUUCAGUUCAGCCAAUAGACUCAAUCUAUUAUACCUAUUAUUAAACAACCAAUCAGAUAUUUGCAUUCAUAUACUCUGGUUAACAUAAAUUUAAUGAAUUCAGAAAGUGUGAUAUAGAUUCACUUGGUUCCGCUUCACUGUACACUAAUGUCCAGUUCUAUUGAAGAGUUGAAAUAUUUAGCCAAUAAAUACCAAGUGGAUUUUGAUUCGAUCGAUUUCGCCAUAAAAUUAGACGAGCAUGAUUCACUACACUCAUACCAAUCAGAAUUUUAUUUACCAGACUAUAAUCAAGUAAUGAAAACAGUUCAAUCCAAUUCUACUGAACAUAAUCAACAUUUAACUGAUAAAAACGAUGAAAAUCAUUCAAAGAAAAUUAUAUACUUUUGUGGAAAUUCCAUGGGAUUACAACCAAGACGUUUAAAUGCUUAUUUAAAUGACAUAUUAAAUCAAUGGAGAGAUUUAGGUGUAUUAGCCUAUCAUUAUGGUGAAUUGCCAGCAUCACAUUGUGAUAAACAAUUAUCCAUUGAUUGUGCUCAAUGGAUUGUUAACUCUAAACCAAGUGAAGUUAGUAUUACUUGUAAUUUAACAGUGAAUAUGCAUGCAUUAAUUGCUAAAUUCUACAGACCAAAAGGUGCGAAACACUGUGUACUAAUUGAAGAUGGAAUCUUUCCAAGUGAUUAUUAUGUGCUUGAAUCACAAAUUAAUUGGCAUGGUUUAAAUCCGAAUGAUUGUAUUAUUAAAUUGAAACCACGUAUUAAUGAAUAUUGUUUAAGAAAUGAAGAUAUUUUGCACGAAAUCCAAAAAAAUCAACAUAGAAUUGCAUUGAUUUGGUUACCAGGAGUACAAUACGUUACAGGACAAUUAUUCAAUAUGAAAUUAAUUACUGAAUGGGGUCAUCAAUACUGUAAAUGUCCAGUAGGAUGGGAUUUAGCACAUGCUGUUGGUAAUAUUCCUUUAUUUCUGCAUGAUUGGGAUGUUGAUAUGGCUGUAUGGUGUUCAUAUAAAUAUUUAAACGGUAGUCCCGGUGCUAUGGGAGGAUUGUUUAUUCAUGAAAAACAUCAUCAUCAAGAAUCAAGUUAUGGACCGAAAUUUAAUGAGUCCAACGAUAUCAAUAGUAGUGAUAAUACAAUAAUUACUGAUAUAUCUGGUCCCCAACUAACCGGUUGGUGGAGCCAUAGAACUGAAACGCGAUUCGAUUUGACUGGACAUAUGGAAUUAGCGAAAGGUGCUGAUGCCUACCGAUUGUCUAAUCCACCAUUAUUAUUGGCUGCAGCUUUAACGGUCAGUAUCGGUAUUAUCAAGUCAUGUGGUGGUAUGAAUAAUUUAAGAGAGAAAUCAAUCAAACUAACCAAUUACCUUGAAUAUCUAAUUACAGAGAGUCCAUUAGCUCUAACUAGUGAUCAAUAUAGUAUAGUUACACCGUCGAGUUCAGAGGAACGUGGAGCACAGUUGACAUUGAGUUUUAAUCAUGUAAACGUUAAAAAACUAUAUGAAAAUUUAUUGAGAUUAGGUGCAAUAUGUGAUUAUAGACUGCCGAAUUUUCUGCGUAUUACACCGAUACCAUUGUAUAAUAGUUUUGAAGAUGUUUAUAUGUUUGUAAAAUGUCUUCGUCAAGCGUUGUAUGACACUGAAUCAGUUUAAUUUAUGUAUAUAUGUGUUAUAAAAAUACAAAGGAAUAAAAUAAAACCUUCAUAUUC